AUGUGGCCCAAACGACCCUUCAAUCAAUCGCUACGUCCGGUUGGCAGCCCCACAUCGACCGAAGCACCAGAGAAAGCUGACUUGGACUCGACCUUGCACGGACAACCUGGCCAUCUAACCGUCCUGCCAUAUUCACGCAAUGAUGAUGACAAGAGAUAUUCGGCCGUAUCGCCUUUGAUAUCGCCGGUGGGAUCUGGGAAUCGCGGUAGCGGAAGUAGCUUCUGCGUCUCGCCAAUCGACGACACUGAUCAACUUCCCCGCCACGAGCGCAAUGACUCUCGGGCCUCUGCGCCUAGUUCCGCCCCUCCAUCGCUGAGGGACGCUUCUCCAUCGCCUGAAUUAUCAAAGCCCGUACCCAAAGGCGUCCAAUUCGCGUCUAGUCACGAUGAUCUCUCGGGUGAGCCCAGCCAUAUCGGAAAGGCAAACCAAGUGAACCCGCAGAAUACAAGCUCAAACAAGUCCUCUGGAUCGCACACCUCCAACCUUCUCCACUGGGGGCGGGAACAACUCCACCCCAAGAAGAAACUCGCCCAAGCGCGCAACCGAAUCAGUAGCUUCUCGAAGAACGAGCCCCCUGUACAACCGGAGACCAGAAGUCGAUCAUCAUCACGUGUGUUUACACUAGGAGAGCAUUCCAAUAAACAAUCUGGCACGGCGGACAAAGGCGCUAAAUUGUCCAAACUGGGCUUCAUUCCAUCUGUCGUGACGACGAUCACUGCUGGUGGUCCAAACGCAUUGCCAGAGAGACCGGCCCCACGGUAUCCCCCCAAGAGCAGCCGCCGAUAUCUGCCAGAAUACAAGUUCGACACUGCAAUCGACGACAUGUUGCAGCCCCAACAACCUGCCGACCGCUUCGGCAUCGUCAAUACCGUUGCUCAGGUUGGCAGCCCACUUGAAGUGCCCAAUGACGGCCCACGCGGCAGCCUCAACAUUGAGCCUGGGCCUACGGACGAUCUCUCUAUCAUGUCCCGACGGCGCCCAGUUCCAAUUUCCUUGCCGACUUCGAAGAAGCCUGUACGAAAGCCUACUCCCUACGAGACAAUCCAAGUCCCGGCCGUGGCUCAGCCUCCAGUGGACGAUCGCCCCAAGGACCCUCAAAGUCGCAUCGAAUCCCUCGAGGCUAGACGGGAUGAGCUUGCACGGCGCAGAUUCAAUCUGGAGACCGUGAUCAAAGAGUUGACCCGGGUCAUUCAACCUGACUCUUAUGCAUAUGACCAGGCUGCCAAGGCAGAGGUGAAGAGGAGUGUGCAGAGCAUCGAGAAUGAGAUCGCGGAGAUCAAGAGGGAGGAGCACGAGCUUGGUAUGAAGGUUACUAGGGCCUGGAGAAGGUUGGAUGAGAAGGAAAACAAUGGUGAUGGGAGUAAUCUUUGGGUCAAGCGCGUCACUAGUUAG